GAGGAAGAAUGCUCUACGAGGGAACUGAGGGAUAUUUUGCCUGUUGAUUACAAUAAAAAUUUGAAUGAAACUAACCUUUCUGAAUCAGAUCAUGAAGAGAAAGAGUCACAUAAAAAAAAACAAAGUGAAUCUAAUGUUGAAAGUGAUACAGAUAAUCCAGCAUCUGCAAUUAUGAUGUCCAGAGGUGACGUAGUAUCACUUCCGCCAUUAUCAUCAUUACUUACUCCUCCGCUUCCACCGUCACCACUACCACCACUCGGUUCUCUAAAUUCUAUACCAAACAAUGCAAUAAUAUUACAAGAUUUACCAACGUCAGUAAAUCAAUAUCAAUUAUCGACUUUAACAGCUACAAACCCUAUCAUCCAAACCCCCGGGACUCCACCACCAAGGCCUAAUGCCAAUAAUAUGCAGGUUACUCCCCAAAAGUCGGCACUUUUUAAGGAAUCCGUUAUCUAUCUACAAAAUCAUAUAAAGAUAAAUGUAAAUGAUCAAGGAAUGAUCAUAAAAGACAAUCAUACUACGGAAGAGAUCUCUAGUAUAAUUCGUAAUUGGCUAAUAAUGGCAUUAACAUCACCAAAAGAGGAGUUUGUAAAAGCUAUCAUGACUCCUUUAAGCUCAGAAGCAAGUCCAAAAGAUCAUGAUUUUCGUCAAAUUUGCGAGUUUAUACUUUAUGAUUUUUAUUUCAUGACAAAGAAAGGUCCUUUAAAAAGAGAUAUUGGUGAGCGUACGUAUAUUGUCGAAAGGGUCGUCCCCCUGUUCAAAGCAAUUCAAUCAGUAUAUAAUGAAUACAAAUUUCAUUGGAUCGAAGUUGAAUUGGAUUGUAUGAGGGAA